CGCCCCCCUUCGCGCAGUGCCUCAUUUUCUCCUUGAUCACAAUGCAUUUCAAGAUCAAGCCGAAUUAAUGUGCUCCACCUCACGCACUACGGUAGCUAUUGGCUCUGACGGGAGCUGCUGACCCUUCAGAUGUGCACGCCUGGUUUACUGGUCCUCGUUCCCUGAAAUGUUUUUGCCACGAUCCGCGAUCUGUGCCCAAAUCUCCUCUAGUUAGCCCUCGGUUACGGUUGAGAGUUGGUGUGAUGCACUCCUGAGUUAUAUGUCAAGGACACUCGACUCUUGUGUUCGAUGAUCCGGCCUACUCUGCCCAGUCUGCAACUAGCUGCGACUCAAGUAGUUUGUGCUCAAGUCACAAUGAUGACCUGCUAUCACGAUCCACACAACUGGGCUCCUCAGGAAUCUUCGAAUUGGACGAGGCGUCUUCUGACUCCUCUGUAUCACCCCUUACCAACUUCCCUCCAUUGCAGACUUUGCUUCUUCAGAAAAUUUCUCCAGGGCUUGCUAGCAACUUCAUGCGGCCCGACCUCCAAUGGAAGUUUGCCGUCUAGCCACGAGCUGGUGUAGACCCGGUAUCAACCAUCCAAAGACACUGUCGGGAUGCUAGCUUUGUUUCGUGAUUACUCAAUCGGCACGAGUGAAAAACGGGAGGCUACCCGAAGAGAAAGAGAACAGCUUGAAGUCGAGGGGUUUGCUUCGAGUAGCUGGAGGGUAGGAUGGCAGAUCCAAGUUUCGCAGCUUCAGUUAAUCCUACAGUGUCAGCAUCUUCCCUUCCCGUCUCACGAAGUCUUCAGGGCGUCCCAUUACAUUCAGGCACGAAGAUGACCCACAUCCUCGCCAAUGAUAAUAUAGAUCCUUUCUCGUCACAUUGUCAAUGGCCGAUCGGAGCACUUGUUCCGCUAUUUGGUCAAUGCAUGUGAACUUCUGCCCUAGCCACGGAGUAAAC